AUGGCGAGCGAGAAACGCGAUGAGCAACCCAGCGCCGUUCAGCCUGUGGGAAUCGACGAGCAAACACAGGAGUCCCCAUCUCCCCCUAGAGAGAAUUUGCUCUCGUGGGUGCAAGUGCUGGGAGCCUUCGUCCUGAACCUCAACACAUGGGGGCUCAUGAAUUCGUACGGUGUCUUCCAGACCUUCUACCAGUUGGACAUGCUGAGCGGGAACUCGUCGUCGAGCAUAGCCUGGAUCGGAUCAACGCAAGCAUUCUUCCUCUUCCUCGUCUCUCUCGCCGCGGGACCACUCUUCGAUGCCGGCCACCUCCGCUGGCUCCUUUGGGUGGGCUCUGGCCUAUUGGUGGUUGGCACCUUUCUCCUCAGCAUCACAUCGGCCUAUUGGCAGGUCUUCUUGACGCAGGCGUUGGUGACCGGCCUUGGGUUUGGCUGUUUGUACCUGCCGGCUCCCGCUGUGGUCUCUCAAUACUUCCACAAACGCAUGGCCUUAGCCAUGGGCGCCUCAUCCACAGGCAGCGCAAUCGGCGGGAUUAUCUACCCUGUGAUCUUUACCCGACUGCAACCGCGAGUCGGGUUCGGCUGGGCGACCCGUGUGCUAGCUUUCAUCGUACUGGCGACAUCCUUGGUCCCCGUAUUACUGAUGAAGUCCAAGGCCCCUCCACGACUGACCCGAGGCCUGGUUGACCGCUCCGCCUUCCGAGACACGCCAUACCUGUUUUUCAGCUUGGGGCUCUUCUUCGGCAUUAUGGGCUUUUACAUCAUCUUGUACUAUGUCGAACUGCUCGCCCUAGCACGGACUGACGUCUCAGCUAACCUGGGUGGCUACCUUCUCGUCAUCAUCAACGCUUCCUCGCUGCCUGGUCGCUUGAUCCCGGGUUAUUACGCGGACCAUGUAGGAAGCAUCAAUGUGCAGAUUACUGUCGUGCUUGCCAGCACCGUUUUGACCUUCGCCCUCCUUGCCAUCAAGGGUACCGCUGGACUAGUCGUCUUCUGCGUGCUGUUUGGCUUCAUGAACGGCGCCUUCUUGGGGCUCCCUGCUGCCGGAAUCGUCAGCCUAUCGUCUGAUAAAAGCAAGAUCGGCACGCGCCUCGGCAUGACGCUCGCAUUCCUAGGCUUUGGCGUGCUGAUCAGCAACCCCAUCGCCGGUGCUAUUCUAGGAGGUGACGGAAACUGGGUUGGCUUGAUUGUGUGGUGCGGUGCGCUGCUUGCGGCUUCCAGUGCGAGUCUCGCUACGAGUCGCCUUCUGAAGGUUGGGCCAGGGCUUACCAAGGUGAUCUGA